ACAGGAAAGAUUAAGGGGAUCACCAGCUUCACCCAGAGCUGCCCUGGGAGAGAGCUCCUCAGAACCCAGACCCCUGCUGUGAGAGGAAGCUGGAGCAGCUCCUGAGUUGGACAGAGGGGACCGAGUAGAGGACAGAGAGGAGAGACGGGAGAGAGACAGAGACAGAAGGAGGUGACCAGGGCCAAGGAAAGGAAGUAGAUAGAAGAGAGACAGGGGCACAGACAGAGGGGCAGAGUAGAGAGGGAGGUGGAGGCUGGCCGGCUCAGUGUCCCAAGAGGCCUCCCUCAGGCAGGAAGGUGGAGGCUGCCCUGGGACCUUCCAGAACUUGGAUAGCAGCUCCCUCCAGCUUCCACAUGGCUGCAGCUGCGGUGGCUGCUUCCAGGAAAGAAUCUCCAGGCAGAUGGGGCCUGGGGGAGGAGCAGACAGGCGUGGGCCCCUCGCUCCAGUGCCGCGUGUGCGGAGACAGCAGCAGUGGGAAGCACUAUGGCAUCUAUGCUUGCAAUGGCUGCAGCGGCUUCUUCAAGAGGAGCGUGAGACGGAAGCUCAUCUACAGGUGCCAGGUGGGAGCAGGGAUGUGCCCCGUGGACAAGGCCCACCGGAACCAGUGCCAGGCCUGUCGGCUGAAGAAGUGCUUGCAGGAGGGCAUGAACCAGGAUGCUGUGCAGAAUGAGCGCCAGCCACGAAGCGCAGCGCAGAUCCGCCUGGACAGGGCGGAGUCAGGCAGGGAGGCCUGGACGGAGCCCCUGGGGGCUUCCCUGGCCCCCACAGGGCCCAGCCCACGGGGCCCCACACCUGCUUCUGCAGCCAGAGCCCUGGGGCCUGGGGCCAUCACACCUCCAGGGCAUCACCAGUUCAUGGCCAGCCUCAUAACGGCCGAAACCUGUGCGAAGCUGGAGCCAGAGGAUGCUGAUGAGAACAUUGAUGUCACCAGCAAUGACCCCGAGUUCCCCUCAUCCCCGCAUUCCUCCUCCUCACCCUGUGGUGUGGACAGCAUCCAUGAGACGUCCGCCCGCCUGCUCUUCAUGGCUGUCAAGUGGGCCAAGAGCCUGCCUGUGUUCUCCAACCUACCCUUCCGGGAUCAGGUGAUCCUGCUGGAAGAGGCCUGGAGCGAACUCUUCCUCCUUGGAGCCAUCCAGUGGUCUCUGCCUCUGGACAGCUGCCCACUGCUAGCCCCACCCGAGGCCUCGGCUGCUGGCAGCUCUCAGGGCCGGCUGGCGCUGGCCAGUGCGGAGAUGCGCUUCCUGCAGGAAACCAUCUCACGGUUCCGGGUGCUGGCAGUGGACCCCACGGAGUUUGCCUGCAUGAAGGCCCUGGUCCUCUUCAAACCAGAAACGCGGGGCCUGAAGGAUCCUGAGCAUGUGGAGGCCUUGCAGGACCAGUCCCAAGUGAUGCUGAGCCAGCACAGCAAGGCCCACCACCCCAGCCAGCCUGUGAGGUUUGGGAAAUUGCUCCUGCUUCUCCCGUCUUUGAGGUUUAUCACUUCUGAACGCAUUGAGCUCCUCUUUUUCCGCAAGACCAUAGGGAAUACUCCAAUGGAGAAGCUCCUCUGUGAUAUGUUCAAAAACUAAUGGAGGUAGAAAUAAAAUGGGUAAAGCCACUUUGUAAAACAAUCUACUGAAGUUAAACAUUUGCCUGCCCUGUGA